AUGCUCCGUGGUAAGAGUAGGAGCAGAUCGGAGAACAAUGAAAACAAUGAGGGAACGGAGAUCGGAAAACAGCGGAGACCGAAGUGUGCCCGUUGCAGGAAUCAUGGCCUCAUCUCGUGGUUGCGGGGUCACAAGCGGGAAUGUCGUUACCGAGAAUGUCUGUGUCCGAAAUGUUCCCUGAUCGCCGAACGGCAGCGAGUGAUGGCUGCACAGGUUGCUCUGAAGAGACAACAGGCAGCCGAGGACGCAAUCGCUCUUAAAAUGGCAAAGGUGGCCACCGGACAGAAGCUCGAUCGACUUCCGCCAGGUAAAAUCUUCGGAAUGUCCGUGACUGAGCCGAAAUCUAUUGUGGAUCAAAAUGAAAAUACGACUCCCGUUACAAAGAAACUCGACGGAAUUUCUGAGGAUACCAAUGAGCUUCCACGUGUAUCGACCGAUGACGCUUUACCCGCUCGUGUUCAAAACUGUUCCGACCUGGAAACCUUUUCGAGAUCCAGAAGUUUCCUCUUCGACGCCGGCAAGCUGGAGGGAGUCAGAGAAACCACUCUGGUAUCUCAGACCUCCGUGGAGACUUUAGCCCGCCUGUUCCCGAAUACCAAGCUGUCGGUGCUGCAACUGGUACUGCAACGUUGCGGACAGGAUCUACUCAAGGCAAUUGAGUACUUCGCAAGCGACAACUUGGGCAUCACCGAGCCAGCGAUGUCAACCAGUAUCAGUCAACCAGUAUCCUCGGCCUUUCGGCCUCCGCAGACGAUUGUUGAUAGUGCCGUGGGGGAACAACAACAACAGAUUCCCGGCACGAUGCUGGCACCGAUCUAUACCAGCCUGUCCAGAAACGUCUACGGGGAUGCGGGUUAUUGUCUACUGAACAUCGUGCCGACCGAGCAGUUCGCCAAGGGGACCGAUCUGCCAAUCGCGAAAACGGCGGUCGAUCAGGAAACGGUCGCUCUUAAUUUUCGCUACAACAAUUACUUCACUUCCGGCGUGCAACAGCAGCUGAGGGAUGCGCACAUGUGCGCUCAAGUGGCGGCGGAUCGGUUGUCGGUCGCCAGAUCGGCGGGCAUACUGCAUCAUCUACCGCCCACCGCGGCCGUGCUGCCGAGCAUCCCUUGUGUGCAGCCCAAUUGCACACAAUGCAACUACAAGUUCACCUAA